AUGGGUCGCGCUUGGAGGAGGCCAGACUGGUUGGUCUUCCUCUUCCAUGCUAUGGGUCAUAUAUGUUGCGGUUUUUCCAGUCGAAGUCAUCAUCAUCAUUAUCGGCAUCGGUGGAUGUGUCGGAUGCGCAGCUCGAAAGCAAUCAAUCAUACGGUACUGGGAAUCAGCGAUGAUCAUAUCAUUGAAUAUCUCAUCGGCGAUACAGUAACCGGCGAGAGUGGCGACAACUGCGAUUCAGACAUCCAAAAUUAUGGCGCCAGAUCCGCCUCACCUAGAAACUCCAGACUGUCAGGGGGAAAUCCGCGAUGCGAAAGUGAAGGAAGCGGCGGGGACUAUGCGCUGAAAAAGAAAUUAAGUGCGGCGCUGCAGGACUAUCAUCCAGCAUUGCGCAAUGUAUCGAUGCGUCUAGAAGGCUCAUCGCUAUGGAAUAAAUUCCAUGCUUUCGGCACUGAAAUGAUUGUUACCAAAACUGGAAGGUAACU